AAUGAAAUGAACUGAAAUUCAUUUAUUUGAUAUAUGUAGACAAUUAAAUAACUCUUAAAUGACAAGUCAAUACACAUAACACAAUACACAAAGUACUUGAUCUCUAUUUACAAAAUAUUGGUUAUAUUAUUAUUAUUAAGUUCAGUUAAUUUUCUGUAGUCUUAUAAUAUAACAUUUCCCCUAUUUUAUGUAAAUUCUUUUUUUUCAACGAAAUACAUAAUUGUAGCAAACCGACCGGUACGUCACUCUCGCGGCCGUAUGCCCGCUCGCUAUACAUAGUUAGCAUCUAUGUCGAUCUUUUCAACAGUGUAUAAUCUAUGUUCCGGGCGCUUCCGUUUUGAGUGUGAAUAGCGUGCGCCCGCGUCUAAAUGUAAUUAUUGUGUAAAAUUGAAAAUUGUUGUGUUAAAGGAAGAUUAAAAUUCGAAAUUCGAUACUGGUGACUAACCCAUAGUUUAAAUACCCCUGAGAUCUACCCCUCACUAUAUCUGGCUGCCCAACGUUUCCUAAUUUUUUUCUUGCUUGGACUAACAAAAUGGCGCGCACGCUUUUGUGAAAAAUUUGCUAACUAUUGUAUGCUGUUGGUGCUUAAUUGUAAAGAAUGCCUUUAACUAGAAAUCAAGAUCGCCAGCAACGUCGCGAAGACGAUGUUAUUCCUGCUGCAGAUGCAAAUGCCAACGAAAAUCACGAGGAGCAUGAUAGCCCCCAUGAUCGCCCUCACGCCGAAUCACGUAGCAACAAUUCUACGUUCAACUUGGAUGAUGUUUCAGCGUUGAUGGCCUCGCUGCAACGUUCGCAGGCCGAAACAUUUAAGAACAUUAUGUCGUACGUGAUGGAACAAAGAUCGUCGACUCCGGCACCUCCGCCGAUGCCCCCAGUGAACGUAGAUGGUACUUUGGCACGUUGCAGAGCUUCUUUCAGCGGUGCACCUGGUGAAUCUGUUGAGGCCUUUAUAGAUGCAAUUGAAAGCUAUACAGAAUGCGUUCAAGUAUCUGACGCUAACAUCAUACGAGGCCUAGCCAUGCUUUUGUCUGCUGACGCAGCUACGUGGUGGCUAGGAUUAAAGCAUCACAUCUCCACUUGGAACGAAGCCAAAGAAAAUUUAAUAUAUGCAUAUGGCACCCGCCUUCCACCACAUAGAAUAUAUUUGGAAAUAUUUGCUUCCCCGCAGGAUAACGAAAACACAGACAAGUUUGUUGCUCGUAUUCGUGCGCUUAUGGCAAAGCUACCGCGGGAUGAUAUUACUGAAAAAGUACAACUUGAUAUGAUAUACGGGUUGCUUCAUAAUAGAAUACGCACAAGAUUGCGCCGUGAAGAAAUCACAUCUUUCAAUUCAUUAUUAAACCAUGCUCGGAAUAUAGAAGAUUCGAUAGAGGAGACUCAAUCGAGACCAGUGUCGUCCACUAGUGGUGUGCGUUCGAUCCGUGCCCAGCCGGCCCAGGCUGCGAGUCGGCCUGAACCGUGCGCCGCUCGUGCGAGUGCCCCGGCGCCGCGCGCGCGCUUUCCAAACUCCGCCGCGGCCGUCGUGCCCGCCACCGCUGUGCCUGUCGCUGUCGCCCAGCCUACCGUUGCCACGCCUGCCGCUGCUGUGCCAGGUUCUGCAGAGCAAUUCGUGACCACGAAGAAACAGCGUCCAGUGUGCUCCUACUGCAAACGGUUUGGACAUGCACGGGAACAGUGCCGUAAGUUAAACAACCGAGGUGAGCAAAGUCAAUCUAACUUUUCCGAGGGUGUGCAAAAUGACAAUAAUGCGUUUUAUAGUGUUCAGUGUAAUGUUAAUAAUACUAACACAAUUAGUUCUAAUUUACCUGUUCAGAAUGCAAUGUAUGAUGUUAAGCAGCAUGACAAAAAUAAUUUUCUGAGUAAUUUUGAAUGUCAAAAUUUUUGUAACCGGGAUGCAAAUAUUAAUUAUGCUACCAUUAACAGAGGCCCUACUUCCAGAAAAUCUUAUUUUCAUGCCUGUAAUGAUUCUGUGUCAAAGAAUAUUAACUGUAAUUGCACUAGUAAUAAUGAGAUGCCAACCUUUUGUGAUUCUCAUGUUUUAUAUAAUCAAGAUGUUCGGACAAAGUGUAAAAAUUUAAAUAUUUGUUAUAACCAGGGAAUUAGACCUAAAUGUAAGAACUCAUUUUUACCUUAUAAUCAAACAAUUGAACCAAAUUGUAAUAAUUUAAAAUUUUCAACUAACCAUGACUGUGACACAAAAGGCAGUAAGUGUAAUUUUGGAAAAAUUAACGAAUGUGUGGAAAUUGAUAAUUGUUUAAAUUUUAAUUAUUGUACAUGUGAGGGAAGUGUUGUAGCGUCCUUGUACGACCGUGAGAGUGAUGAUAGGUAUUUGCAUUUACGGCCUAUUUUCAAAAUUCAAGUUCUCGGUAAACAGGGUACUGCACUUAUAGAUACAGCAGCUAAGCAUUGUAUUGCUGGUCACACGCUGUAUGCUCUCCUUCUGCAUAAGGGUCAACCUCUUACUCCCUCCACUAGGCGAGUCAAACUUGCUGAUGGGCAUGUUCGGAAUAUGGAUGUAUUGACAACCAUAUUACCAGUGAGGUUAGAACACAUAGUGAUUAAUAUUCCAUUUAUAAUCUUCCCUGAUUCUAAUGAUAAUGAAACUUUACUGGGUAUUGAUUUUAUUAAUGCUGCCAAAGUUAUUAUUGAUUUUCAUCGUCAUGAAUGGUAUUUUAGUACUGAUGCUAAGGUGCAUUAUAAAUUACUUUUUGAACCUAUGUCUCGUGGUGUGUGCAUAGCUUCUACUAACAUGCUUCGGGAUGAUGAAGGUAUGCACUUGCAAUCAGCUGAGCGCCAAGCAUUAUCUGAGUUCCUUAUUCGGCAUGAAAGUAUUUUUACAGCAGGGGGAGGUCCGACACCAUUCAUAGAACAUUGCAUAGACACCGGAGAUCACCCCCCGAUAGCUGUGCCGCCCUAUCGCCUUAACCCUUCCAAGAAGGAGACGAUGAAGAAUGAAGUAGAGAAGAUGCUGGCAGAUGACAUCAUUGAAGAGUGCGAAUCCGCCUGGUGCUCUCCUGCAUUGAUGAUACCGAAGUCCAAUGAAGGAUUCCAGCAACACCUACAAGAUCUGGAAGCUGUUUUUAGUCGUUUGUCUGAAUUUAAACUUCACGUAAACAGAGAGAAGUGCACUUUUGCCAAAGAAAGGGUCCGUUAUCUGGGCCACGUCAUCACUCCAGACGGUGUGUCUCCUGACCCUGAGAAGGUCAGUGCUGUCCUUAAUAUGCUGGAACCAUCUAAUCUAAAACAUUUAAGAACUUUUCUCCAAACAUGCUCUUGGUUCAGGAAGUUUAUUCCAAACUUUUCAAAGAUAGCAGAACCGCUUACUCGACUGACCAAGAAGAAUUACACAUGGAGCUGGGGACCUGAACAAACACAGGCAUUCAAAGAAUUGAAGCGUCUGCUGACCACGGCGCCCGUACUUGUUCAAGCGAAUUUUAAACAACCCUUAGUACUGCGUACCGACGCGAGCAACUAUGCACUUGGCGCAGUUUUAGCUCAAGGGGAAGGCAAGGACGAAAGGCCUAUCGAGUAUGCUAGCCGUCUACUCACCGCAGCGGAGCGCAACUACUCUACUACAGAACGGGAAGCGCUUGCUGUAGUCUGGGCCGUGGAGCGUUUCAGGCCAUACCUCGACGGCCAACCAAUUAUUAUAGGCAGUGACCACCAACCCUUGCGUUGGUUGCUUUCUUUAAAGUCUCCUGCUGGUAGGUUGGUCCGUUGGGCGCUUAAACUCCAAGAAUUUGACAUCAGAUUCGAGUACACCCCAGGAAAAGCUAACGUUGUCGCUGACACGUUAAGUAGACCGAUCUGUUCCAACGAAACACAAAAUAACUGCGGCAUCUGUUCUGUCAUUUGCGACCUGCCCACCAAGUCACCUACCCAGUUACGUCAAGACCAGUUGACUGAUCCGGAAAUACAGAAGAUCGUCACAGAACUGGAAGGAGUGGAUGAACUUGCUGCUAAAAGAUGGUCAGAAAGAGGAUUUCUAAUGGAACAAGGUGUUUUAUAUCGACUUAAUCCGGAUUCUGAUGCCGAGGCCCCACAAUUAGUCAUUCCUGCCCAUCAAGUGACCGACGUUCUCAAAGAGCUUCACGAUGCCCCUACCGCUGGACAUGCAGGAAUUGACCGGACUUACCAACAAGUCUCACGUCUGUUCUACUUCACAGGAAUGAGAAGAAUCAUAACCGACUAUGUAAAGGCAUGUAUCCAUUGUCAACGCUAUAAGGCUGCUAAUACCAAGCCUCCAGGUCUAUUGCAGACGCCGGUGAUGAACCAGCGCAACGAGGUCUUGGCAGUUGAUCUUUUCGGCCCGUUACCACCUGGAAAACAGGGGGAGCGUUGGAUCUUGCUAAUAGAAGAUACUGCUACCAGGUGGACAGAACUUUUCCCAUUGAAGGAAGCUACUGCUGAGGCGUGUGCACAUGUCCUCAUAGAGGAGUAUUUUAUGAGGUUCGGUCUUCCACGCCGACUAGUUUCUGAUAAUGGCGUACAAUUUAUUUCGGCAGUCAUGCGUCAAUGCAUGUCCAUCCUGGGGAUAAAGCAAAACCUUAUCCCUCUCUAUCACCCAGAAGCAAACCCCGCCGAACGUAAAAACAGAGAUCUUAAGACUUUAUUAGCACAACUCGUGGAAUGUGACCACACUUCCUGGCCAAACAUGUUACCAGUGAUUCGAUUCGCUCUUAAUAACGCUAAAUGUCGCACCACAGGUAUGUCACCUGCUUACUCGUCAUUUGGCAGAGAGAUGAGGUCCCCCACAGAAGUCGCCCAUGACCUUCGUGCUGUUCUAGACAAAGAUAACUUUGUUCCCCAAAUAACUCCCUAUCUCAGGAAAUUUGUUAACUCCUUUUCAGCGGUGCGCGAACGUGUAGAGACGCUUCAAGAUAAAGCUAAAGGGUAUGCUGAUCGUUCGAGACGGCCCAUUGAAACAUUCAACGAAGGUGACAUGGUUCUCAUCAAAUCACAUGUCCUCAGUAAGAGCGCUAAUGGCCUUACUUCUAAGUUUGUUCCAAAACGCGAUGGUCCGUAUCGCAUCGUUAAAAAGGUCAGCCCUACUACUUACCACGUCGCGCAUGUUGACAAACCUGAUGAAGUUUUAGGGAAAUAUCAUGUGAACGAUCUCACUCUAUACCGUGAGAAUCAGAGUGAUGCUCUUCCGCGGCCGGUGAUGCCUAAAAAGAAACGUGGUCGUCCCCCAAAUAAUGUUAAAACAGAUUCUCGAGUUCCAGGGCAUAUGACGACACGGCAUGCUGAACCAUGUGCUGAAGCUCCACGUCUUUCUCACGCAGCUGGUGGUAUGGUUGGUCUUGCGCCUGUCCCUCAGCCCAGUAGUAAUGAGAUGCUAGUCCAGGAGCGAGGGCGUCCUCCAGGACUAGAGGGGGAGUAUGUAGCAAACCGACCGGUACGUCACUCUCGCGGCCGUAUGCCCGCUCGCUAUACAUAGUUAGCAUCUAUGUCGAUCUUUUCAACAGUGUAUAAUCUAUGUUCCGGGCGCUUCCGUUUUGAGUGUGAAUAGCGUGCGCCCGCGUCUAAAUGUAAUUAUUGUGUAAAAUUGAAAAUUGUUGUGUUAAAGGAAGAUUAAAAUUCGAAAUUCGAUACUGGUGACUAACCCAUAGUUUAAAUACCCCUGAGAUCUACCCCUCACUAUAUAAUUUAUUUUAAUCAAUAUCUAAGUGGACCAUGAGAAUCAUUAAAAUUUCAAUUCAAUUAAAAAUCGCCAUUUUUCUUUAAUAAAUCUAAAAUCGACUUUAUAUUUACAAUCACUAUUUCGCGACUUUUAAGUUUUUAUUCCAAAACCUUAACAUCUUGUCGUAAUUUUGCUUUUCUCGGGGUAUUUUUUAUUUCUUGCGUUUGAGUACUUGAUUCCUCUUGUUUAACCUUUAUAUAAGACAUUUUCCAGAAAUUCCAACGUCAUAUUUACUAGAAGAUCCUCCUCGUUCGCUUGACGUCAGGCAAAUGAUAUACAUGCUUGCGUGCGACGCUAUGCAAUACAAUAAAAAAAGUUCAAACAAUACCACGUGAUGGCUCUUAUAAUAUGAAAAAUACAUUGCAAAACUAUAGUUUUUCAAGAUUGUUUUUUCAAAUUUAAUAUAUGACAUAGAUUAAGUACAAUUUACAAGACAAAUUUUAAUGGUGUUAAAUAUUAUAAUGAGAAAAAAUAUCUCACAUUUUAAAAAUAUAUGCUCACACUAGUAAAAAUUUAUCAAUGAAUCUGACAUAUGGAAGGAUAUUCCACAAACUGGAGAGGAUUCUCGCUUAAAACCACUUACAAUACAAGUGUUCACCAUGAUUACACGGAAACUUUCACGAUUUUCGAAAAAAAACAAGCCACAAGCUGUAUCAGUGCCCUUUUAACUUCGAACUACAAACGCUUCGCUAGAAGUAAUAGUGUUCUGUGUACAAACGUAAAUAGACGCCAUUUUUCUUUUAAUCCAUUCAUAGCUCAUUUUCGGUGAUGUCAACAAUUAAUCUGGCUUCCCAUCAAAUUCAACAUGAAAACCAUCAGAAAUCUACGUACCUACCAUUAAAUUUUCCAUUAAACAGAGUUCUUAUUAAUAUAGAACAAUAAUUUUUUUGUUAAUGAGCUUUAUUAAUAUAUGAUGUUCUAUUAAAAAUCAAUAUAUAUCAUAUAAUCAAUACUUCUUAUAAAUUUAUUUUAAUAAAUUGUCAUCAUCAGAAACUAAUUUAACCAUGACUUUGUACGUUUCUUUUGAAACAAUUUAAUUUUUAACGUUGAUGGAAAUUCUAAAUUGUCGCAACAUUUUCUAGUUAAGUUUAAGUCACAUCGUUUAAAUAAUAUGUAUUUAGAUAUAUUAUUGUCAUAAAAUGUUGAAAAUCCUGUAAAAUGGAUUGAUUUUAACCUUUUCGAUAAUUUUCAACAACGCCCAAGCUACUAAAAAAUCCACUAACCACUAAAAGCCAUUUUUGAUAACUAAGACAGGGGUCCAAAUUACGAGAAUUUGUGGAAAAUCCUCUAAGCUAGCAACACUGCUUUUUGUUUGUAAAAUGUGCGAGAGGGACACCACCACUUAAUAAUCAUUCUCUUUUCAGACCGUUUUUCCUUACAUCUUUUGCUAUUUAAAAAUAAACUGUAAGUCAUAGAGAUAAAGUAUAUUUUUAGUUUUUAUGUCAAACGAAGUAAGCACUCCAGUUAGAAUAGUAACUCUAUGACGAUGACCGAUGCUUGAGGUACCUAAUAUCUCUAAUGUUCUUAGCUCCUUUUGUCCAUAUAGUAUAAGAAAAAAAACUUUACAGCGAGCGCACUGUUGCCAACCCUACAGUUUUUCGGAAAUUCUCUUAGUUUUCAGUUUAGACCUCGAAAUCUUCAGUAUUUUAUGUAAGAUGCUUCAUCCAUUUUAUUAGUCCGUACACUAGGACAGAAAAUAAAAAUUGUAUCGAGUUCGAUGUGACAAAUGACUAUUUCAAAAAAUUUAAUAAAAAUAUGUACGAUUUCAACAAAAGUAGAGAUGAAACGGAAAAUCAAGAAGAUUUACAAGUUGAAAAUGAAAUAGUAGCUAGUCUAACGUGCAGGCACUGGAAUAAUUAAGACAUUGACUUCCAUGUAGGUCAUUGGUGCCCUACGCGGCGCACUCAAGUAAUCAUGUCGUAUUCUGCUACUAAGCGCCUGGAUUGCCUAACUUUGCCUUUUUUUGUUUGUUAAAGUAUGUUUUAGUCUUUUAGGUCUCUUAGAAAUAGUUCUCGGUAUUUUCGGAUUCGUCUUUCCCAGAGUCUACUAAAUAUUCCGGUUCUUUGUUAUGAAGAUCGAAGAGCGAUAUAAUUACUACAGUGCGUCACUUAGGGUACUGGUGACCAAAAUGGCAGUCAACGUGUUAAAACUUUGAUAAUUAUACGACUUCUCUUGUUUUUAAUGCCUUCCCUACAAUGUAUUAUAUUAAUUACUAUCAUUAAAUUAUACAAAAUAUAAUAUAAAGAUAAAGAUGUAGAUUUGCUGUUUUUUAAUUUGAUAUUUACAGUUUUCUACAGUUUUUUUGAAGCAUAUCUAUAGUUUUGCUCUAUGCUGGGGUUCGCAACCCGCAGCCCUGAGCGAGCGUCGCCAAUCCAUAGAUACACUUAGUCGCCACUAGGUCUAUGGUCGCCACUUCGCCAGACGCCAAGUAUUAUCUAUGGUCCCUGUUCCAAAAAAAUAUCUAUGGUCCCCAUACUUCUAUUAAUUGUGAUUACAAGAUUCUCUCAUAAUUAAUAUUUUAUCAUCUUUACUUCUUUGUCGUUACUUAUUUUAUAAUGAGCAAAGUUAACGUAUCUGCGAAGGGACAUUUUGUUCUAUUUUCAAAAUAUGAACCAGAUAAUGGCUGAAGCAAUUAGACUAAGUGUGCCACUGUGCAAACACGAGGUUACUAAAAAUAAAGGUAAGCAGAGUUGAUUUUCUCUGUUAAAGGCUUUAGUUGUCUUAAAUUUAUGAUCUUCAUCAACAAUAAAGUUGUUCCGGCAUUGUGACCAGACGAAUGCUUUAAUUAGGUAUAAUAUCGAAGGCUCUUCCUAGAUAAGUUUACGGUUGUCAUUUAUUUAUUUGAAAAAGUGUUGUGACACUUGGUUGUGGUCGUCGUGGCCUAACGGAUAAGACGUCCGGUGCAUUCGUGUUGAAGCGAUGCACCGGUGUUCGAAUCCCGCAGGCGGGUACCAAUUUUUCUAAUGAAAUACGUACUCAACAAAUGUUCACGAUUGACUUCCACGGUGAAGGAAUAACAUCGUGUAAUAAAAAUGAAACCCGCAAAAUUAUAAUUUGCGUAAUUACUGGUGGUAGGACCUCUUGUGAGUCCGCACGGGUAGGUACCACCGCCCCGCCUAUUUCUGCCGUGAAGCAGUAAUGCGUUUCGGUUUGAAGGGUGGGGCAGCCGUUGUGACUAUACUGAGAUCUUAGAACUAUAUCUCAAGGUGUGUGGCGCAUUUACGUUGUAGAUGUCUAUGGGCUCCAGUAACCACUUUACAUCAGGUGGGCUGUGAGCUCGUCCACACAGCUAAGCAAUAAAAAAAAAAAAAAAACGAUACUACUCUUAUAAUAACAUGGCCGCACCUAAUUACAUACCUACCCGACCUAGGCAAAAAUGGCAAAGAAAAGCUGCCGUCGUCCUAAACGUGUCCUAUCCGAUUCCCUCUAUCCACUCUGUGCGUUUAGGGACUCCAAUCACCGGACACCGUGCUUGUCGAUCUAACCCAUUAUGUUUCUUGAUGCCAAUCCAGUGGUAGAUUCAGUGAAGAACUACUUUUGCUAGGGUUACUGUUAGCAAGUCCUUACAGGUUGAACCCUGGGAGCUCACCUACCAGUUCACACAUAAUUGGAAUAGCUUUUUAGGCUACCAAAUUAGAUACGGAAAGAAAAUCAUUUUUGUUUUCCAUAAAACGUCCCAGAACAUAUUUAUAUGAAGAACAUGAUUUGGUAGUAGUGGGAUUUAAUUUAGAAACUAAUACAUAUAAUGACAUAAAAAAAUUAAAUGUGAAAAUCAAAGCAUUUUUUCUAGGUGAUUUAUGUCAUUUAUUAUUUUAUUGCCUCCAUAGAAAGCUUGACAGCAUAUAACACAACUUAUAGUACUUAAAUGUCACUGCUGCUCAUGGAUGUCAUUAUAGCCAGGGACACCCAAAUCAUUGCCUACUUCUAGAUUUGACUACAAAGUAAUAAAAUUAAUGUAUUGAGAUUGGUCUUUGACACGUAUAAAAUCUUGAAGUUAAUAGGACAUAAAGAUGUGAACAUAAGAACAUGGAGAAGUUAUAUUGAAAGAUUUUGUUACAUAAAAUCUCGUCUUGAUGAAAAAGUGAUCAAAUGUCAGUCAAAAAAAUGAUCUUUUUGACUUUAACAUUUACAGAUAUAGCUCAUGAAAAAAUAAACCUGCUAGGUGGAAGAACUUUAAAACAUGCUCCUGGCUUGUGCAGGAAUUUGCAGGGAUGCACUGCAACAUCAAGAUUGCAGAAAUGAAAAGUUAAUUCCAGACUGCAACUACAGAAUUUGUUAGUAUUUAUACAAAUGAGUGUAUUUUUUACAACAAAAUCUGUGUUUUUAUAUAAAAUAUUUGUCAAGGUAAAAUUACACUGUUUUUGUCAUGCAGUUGUCAUCGGGGAUUACGAGCAUAAUAUGGCCACUAUGGGUUAGUUAAUUUGGUUUCUAGGUGAAGGACUGCGCAGUACGCAUGUCCGACUACCAAAAAUUGCACGUACGACGUACCUCUUAAAUGAGAUAGUCACAGACUGGUUCGACCCGAUCGCAGUGCAAUGACCGGAACCAGCCCGGGGCAACCGCCAUCCUGAUCACGGUACACCCUACGCAAGGAGAAAAUCGCCGGAUCCCCACCCGCGCGGCAGGUGGGGUAUGUGGGAGUUGAACCUCACUAAAAACUCCUGCCGCUCACAACCGGCGCCCUACCUCGGACCGGGCCAGAGCCCAGUCGGGGCUAUUGAAACGGCGGGACAGGGUUGACGCAGAGCACAUUACAUCCAUCCCACCGUCCCACAUGUUAUACCGUACUUAGUACAUUACAGUUUUAUUUUCUAACGUGAAAUUAUGAAGUUAAUUUCCUUAAAUUUUUUUACGAACAAAUAGCUGAAUUGGAAAUUUUUAAAAGCACACAGCCGAAAAUUCUGUGCUUAAAAAAUCUCUGAAAAGUAAUUAAUAAGGGCAUAUUCCAGAGACUCCGCGAGAGUGACUUAAGAUUGAAGAGUUUAAAAGGAUUUAAGGCUUAAACUUUAUUACACGAUUUUAUACCUUCAUCGCGAAGAUAGUCCGUUUCAUUAAAAAAAAUAGCUUAUAAUAAAAUAAUAUUGACGUGUAAAAUAGUGUAUCUAAAAAAUAUAUUAUUAUGAUUUGUAGGAGAUACGCCAGUUCAAAUCAUUAUAUUUGAGGCAGAUAGAAACCACUGCAAACAUUUACUUGAAUGAGAGCAUUGACAUGAAUAUGUAAUAAUAAAGAAAAAUUAAACUAAAAUAUUAAGUA